UGUGAGACAUUCUCACAAAAACAAAAGGGAGAACCCAGACUAAAGCCUGAGUAGAUGUAUAGAGUAACAAUGCAGAUAAUGGAGAUGGAGUCUACUUAUGUUAAUGAACCACCCAGACCAAGGCCCAUUCGCCAGUCACAACUCUUUGAAAGGAAAUGGGUAAAGAUUCUUCUUUUGAGCUUUGGGCUCCUGUGUCUCAUACAAGCCACUCUCAACGUCACUUUGCGAUUGACUGCCAACUGUGAAAACACUGCCACUGUAAUGGAGACUCAGAGCUCACCCCCAUGUGAGGCGGUUACUUACAAAACAACACAACAAUGCAACAGUCUACAAAAGAGAGUCAAUACUUUGGCCAGAGACAAGAGCAGGCUGAAUGAUCAAAUCAGUGAGCUAAAUAACCAAAUCCAAGAACUCAAUAAACAAAAACAAGAGCCCAAUAAACAAAAUCAAGAGUUUAAUAGACAAAUUAAUGAACUCAAUAACAAAAUGAAUGAACUUAAUAAUCAAAAGAAUGAACUUAAUAACCAGAUUAAUAGACUUAAAGACCAAAUUAAUCAACUCAGUAACCAGAUUAAUGGACUCAACAGCCAAAACCAAGAACUCAACAAACAAAAACAAGAGUUCAUAAAGCAAAUUAAUGAUCUUCAUAACCAAAUAAACAGACUCAAUAAUCAAAAUAGAGUGCUCACUUCCCAGAUUGAAGUUGUGACAAGAGACCAACCGCAGAACAACCUCAAUGGUAAGUCUAUAUGUCCAGCCAGCUGGAGGGAAAGAAGAGGCAGGUGUUAUUUUCUGUCCAGUGAGAAGAGGUCUUGGGAAAGAAGCAGGAUGUUCUGUCAGGACCAUGGCGCUGAUCUGGUGGUGAUCAAUGAUGAGCAGGAACAGAGGGAUCUCCAUGGAAUGUAUGACAGUCCAUAUCUGCUCUUCUGGAUCGGUUUGCAUGAUUAUACCAGCCGGGGGACUUUCAAAUGGGUGGAUAAUACUCCUCUAACUGGAGCAUUUUGGCAGGCUGGACAACCGGAUGCUGGUGGACCCAACAAUCAAGAAAACUGUGUAGAAAUGUAUUGCAAAAACCCAGUGCUUUCCAGCUGGAAUGAUGCCCCCUGUGAGCAUUUACUGCAAUGGAUUUGUGAGAAAGCAACACGUCAGUAAAGUUGUACAGUUGGGGCCUUUGGAGCAAUACUUUGGAGCCCUGCUGCAAAGUACCUGUGUUUUGUCACAAAUGAUGUAACAAUUGUAACAAAUGUUGUAAUAAAAAGUUUAUUUUGAGGUCAUAAUCAA